GGGUAGAACACGCACGCGGCCCGCUUGUAAACAGAGCGUCACACGUGACGGCGGGUCCAGAGCGGAGCUGCAUUGUCUGAGCGCGGACAAAGAAGGAGUCCGGAGUCGGAGCGUCGAGCAGGUGAACGGAGACCAGGUGUCAUGACAACCGACCUGUCCCGCUCCACGAUGACCGUUCGACGCCGCUCGGAUGUCAGUUCCUGGUCGUGUGUGAGGCGCUCGCCGCGGUCCUCCUCCUCCGCUGUUGUCGCGUGAACAAGAAGCUUUUGUUUGUCAACACGGUAGCCGUGUCACUCCGCGACGUUUUACUUCCAAAACCGGAUUAGUUUGUCUUCGUCCUGGCUAGCGUUAGCAGCUAGCUCGGUGUUGUUUUCGUCCAUCUUUGUUCCUCGCUCCGACUGCAUGUCUUUCACCAUGGAGGACAGUCUGGAGUCCGAGUGGGUCUCGGUCCGGCCCCGAGUCUUCGACGAGAAGGAGCGACACAAGUUCGCCUUCAUCGUGGCCUGGAACGACGUCGAGGGCAAGUUCGCCGUCACCUGCCACAACCGGACGGUCCAGAGACGGACGACUUUCUCGGACCCGCUGCUCGACUGCUGCCCAGCUGGCGAACCCGCGCCCCAGCCAGCAGGUCGAGGGAGGUCGAAGUUGAAGCUGGUCAUCGGUGACAGGAAGGCGGAGAGCUCCGACGGCGCCAGUCCGACGCUAGCCUCCUGGGACGUGGUGUCGGCCCAGGACCUGGAGCUUUUGGACCCAGUCGAAGUGUCGCCGUCUCCGGACGACGAGGAGCCGAGCGGCGGGCGGCUGGACUGCUUCAGCUGGGCCGGGCUCUUCUCCUUCCAGGACCUGAAGGCGGCUCACCUGCAGCUGUGCGCCGUCAACUCGGACCUGGAGCCAUGCUUGCCCUCCUUCCCCGAGGAGCCGUCCGGCAUGUGGAGCGUGCUGUUCGGCUGUCCCGGUAUGAGCCCACGCGAGACGGACGCUAUGUGCUACCAGCUGCAGGUCUACCUGGGCCAUGCCCUGGACACCUGCGGCUGGAAGAUCUUCUCCCAGGUGCUCUUCUCCGACAGUGAGGACCCGGAGGAGUACUACGAGAGUCUCAGCGAGCUGAAGAGGAAGGGCUACGAGGACGCGUUGGACCGGGCCAAGAGACGCAUGCAGGAGGUGCUGGACCGUCACAAGGCGAUGGAGAGCAUGGUGGAGCUGCUGCAGGUGUACCCGGAGGAGGACCAGGCGUACGCUGAGCUGCUGGAGGCCACCACGCAGCUCUACCACUACUUGCUGCAGCCCUUCAGGGACAUGAGGGAGCUGGCCAUGUUGCGCCGCCAGCAGAUCAAGAUCUCCCUGCAGACGGAGCGCCUGGGUCCUCGGCGUGUGGACAGCCUGAGGAAGGAGGACGAAGAGUGGCAGAAGAAAGCCCACGCCGCUGUGCUGGCCAUCCAGGACCUGACCGUCAAGUUCUUUGAGACCACCAACCGAGCGCAGAAAGCGCUGUACGAGCGCAUGCGCGGUGACCAGCGGAAGUUCGGCAAGUCGGCGUGGACGGCGGCAGUGGAGCGCAUGGAGCGUCUGCAGCACGCCGUCUCCAAGGAGACGCUGCAGCUGAUGAGGGCCAAAGAGAUCUGUCUGGAGCAGAAGAAGCACGCGCUGAAGGAGGAGAUGCAGAGUCUGCAGGGAGGCGAGGACGCCAUGCUGCACCUGGACCACCUGGAGGCGCUCUACUACGAGCUGCAGCUGCAGCUGUACGACAUCCAGGCCGAGGUGCUGCGCUGUGAGGAGCUGCUGCUGACUGCGCAGCUCCAGAGCCUGCGCCGACAGAUCACAGAGCGCCAGGAUGAGGUGGUCUACUACGACGCCUUCGAGAGCCCCGACGCCAUGAAGACGGAGGAGGAGCCGCCGUCGCCGCCGCUGUCGCCGCUCAGAGAGGACGAGCUCUGCGUGCUGCAGCAGAAGUCCCGGCAGCUGGAGGCCCGGCGAGGUCGCAUCACCGCCAAGAAGGUCUACCUCAAAAACAAGAAGGAGAUCUGCGUGUUCAACCAUAACCAGAAGGUGGAGCAGCGGCGAGCGAGCGAGGGCGACGGGGCCUCGCUGCAGCUGGAAGAGCUGGAGGAGGACGAGGCUGCUGCCAGCGCCAGAGUGAGCCGUGAGCGCCAGAGGACCCUGGAGCGGCUGCGCAGCCACAGUCAGCGCUUCCCCGGUCAGGUGAUGCUCAAGUCCAGCAGGAUGAGACUGGCUCAAAAUGGCGGCCGGCGACGAGCCGCUCAGCUGCCCGUCACUCAGGCGGCGAGCGUCCAGACCGACCUCAUCUCAGACCUCCCGGAGCUCUCGGCGCCACCCGAGGACGACUGCGCGUCCUUGCCGCCGGUGCCGCUGCAGAGCCUGGGCGCUGGCGCCCCCUUCCUGUCGCUGCCUCCUGUCCUCUCUUUGGCCGCUCCCCCGCCGCCCCCGCCACCUCCCCCGCCGCCCCCUCCUCCGCCUGCAUCCCUCCCAGAUGACCCUCAGGUUGUCGGGCUGACGCCCGCGGCCAGUCCAGCCAGGCAGCCGGCGGAGAGCAUGUCCCUGCCUUUCUCCCCUCGGUUCUUCGACAGUAGCCAGCUGUUGACGGCGAGGAAGAAGCUGAGGAAGACCUCUUCUCUGGACUCAUCGCAGUGGAGACGAGCGAGUUCUCCCAUGGACGAGGUCCUGGCGUCUCUCAAGCGAGGAAGCUUCCACCUGAGGAAGGCGGAGCUCCGGGUCCUGGCGCCAGACCCGGACGACGACAGCAACAACAUCCUGGCCCAGAUCCGGCAGGGGGUGCGUCUGAAAAAGGUGCGGACCCGGCCGGAGCAGCCGCGCCACGCGCGGAGCUUCCCGCACUCAGCCGACGCUCUGACGCGCAGCAUCCACGAGGCCCUGCGCCGGAUCAAAGAGGCGUCGCCCGAGUCCGAGUCAGAGGACGAGGGCCUGCCCUGCACCGACUGGGAGAACUGAGCUCCCACCUGACCCAGAACUGCUUUUUUACCAGGCCGCGUUUUUCUACACGCUGUGGUUCGUAGAUGGACCGCUGUGUUUUUUUUAAAAUCCCAACGUCGUUUGCUGUGAGUUUGUGUUGUGAGUCAUGUGACAUUUAUCGUACUGUAGGUGGCACCAGGCGAAGCGUGAUGAAGAUCCCAGACUAUUUAUGGCACCGUUUACCUUCAGAUUAUAAUCCAGAUUAUUUGUCUGUCGCCUUUUUUUAAAUUCGAAUCCCACCAAAUGGUAGUUAUGAGUUAUUUCUAUAUCUGUUUUGUCUGGAUUGUGUUUUACAGAGGAACGCCGACUCAGUAUUUUGUUCUUUGAAUCCAAUUUUGUCAAAUUCUGAAGCCUCAUCUGAGGCUUUCUUGGAGGCGUGACCAGACGAACGCUCGCGAUUACUCUGCUGCCCUCUGCUGGUGGCCGCACUCAGUUUCGCGUUUCUGCCUUCGAUUUUCUGAGUUUGUUGUGUUGUCUUUUUUUCACUUUUUGUGUGUUUCGAUGUUCCGUUCAGAUGAUUGGCUCAGAUACUGAUGACAUCACAGCUGUCAGUGAGCACUAGAGGGCACUGCACGCCGACUGAUGAAGUCGUUUUCAAUCUUAAAUGAAGAUUUACUUUUAAUCUCGAGUGUUUACAGUGAGAUGAUCUUAUUUACCAGUUCACAGGAAGCUCCGCUGACAUCACGUGACCUCAGGGUGCGCGAGAGCCAGUUUACCAAAGUGACCACCGCAGGGCGUCCUAUCGCAGAGAGUGACGUGGCUGUUAGAAGAGAAAACUUGUAUUUAAAAAUAUAUUUAUCUGUUCACGUUGUUGCUGCUUCACACGUAUUAACUGAGUCUGCAGUUUCUGCUCACACGUGCAUUACUAGCACACACACUUCGACACCACAGUAGAAACCUCAGCGUGUGUGUGUGUGUGAGCCGAAACGAGCCAUAACUUGCCGAGUGCCGUUGUGAUGUCACAGUAUCUGACCUCUCGACCACCUCAACACAACUCGGCGUUACGCUCCACAACUUACCGGAACCUGGAGUGGACGGCCGCCAAUCGGGAAGACGGGCUCACUCCCCCUUCGUCCGGGUUGACCUCUGACCUGUGUGAGGCGCCGCAUCACAAGUGCAAUAACAGAUCUGUACUGUAAUGUCGCGCAUGUAUUUAUUGUCCAAGGACGCGACGCAUUUCCUGCUUCUCCCUCAAUAAACUUCCUGGACCAAG